AAAAUUUGAAAUAGUAAAAUGCCGAAUAGUUUUAUCAGAUUGGGUAUAAACACGCUUGCAAUUCUAUUUGUUUGGUUAUGCUUGUACAAAAUUUUCUGCACAAAUAAGGACAACAAGCUGUACAUGUUCUCACUCACUUUCCCACUCUAUGUCAUCUACUAUUUGGGAUGAAAAGCAGUUGGGAGCAUCGGAUACGAGCUAUUCGUCCUAGAGGAUUGUGAUGAAGCACAUAAAGAAGUCCAAGCCCAGAUUGAGCAAGCUAGAAAGGACCUCCACUCAAAGGGAUUCGACUUUAAUAUUGGAGUUCAACAUAAUGACCAGAUAUAUUAACCGCGAACCAGGAUUUAGUAAUAGGUAUUUUCAAUAAACA